AUGCGUCGCGUCCGCCUCUGCUUUCUGCCCCUUGUGCUGCUGCUGCUCACACUGCCCUUCCCGUCCACCCCCCGUGCCCUCGUCCUCACCUCUUCCACCUCCUCGUCCUCCUCCUCUUCGCUCGUGCCCGACGCGCGCCCCCCGUCGCCGCUCGCCCGUCCGCUUCCGACCGCUGUCGUCCGCGACCCCUUGCGGCCGGGCGCGACCGUCCGCGGCUACGACCUCCUCGAACGCUCGGCGCUCUUGGGCGUGUGCCACCACGAGCCGCCGGUACCGCGCGACAAGAAGGCGGUCGUCCUGCAGCAAACAACAGCCGGCGCCAGAGCGUUCGCGUGGACGCCGGCGGCCGUCUGUCGGCUCAUUGACGCGCCGCGCCGACCGCACCCGCUGCCGGACGGCCCUGUGCUCGAGUACGCGUACGGCGUCGACGACGUCGCGCGCAUGUUCGUCCCGGCGCCGUACCGCCUCAAGCACAAGUUCGACGCGGGCGCGCACGGCGAAGUGUGGCGCGCGACGCGGCGGUCGCCCGAGACGACAACGGCCGACCAGACGUUUGUGCUCAAGCGGUUGUUCGUCGAGCGCGACGAGCGCCUCGUGCAGAUGGGGCUGCGCGAGGCGCACUUUGGCGCGCGGCUGCGGGCCGAGCGCCACGUCGCGCGCUUCGUCGAGUACUUUUUCCGGUCGGUCGACGAGCCGACCGACGAGCCGACCGUUCGGGCGACCGACAGCGCGGCCGGAGACGAAGCGGCCGGCGGCGGUCGCCCCACCUCCGAGCUCUGGCUCGUGUUCCACGACGAGGGACUGUCGCUGCGGCAGUCGCUCUACGAGCCGCUCCAAGUCGUGAACGGACCACGAGGUGCCGACGCGGGCGCGGGGGUCGUGUUGCAGCCGUCGCCGUUCUGGCACAAGUUGCGCGCCGAUGGCCGCGGGGAAAACGCGCUGCGCAAUAUCCUGCGGCAACUGCUGCAGGCCGUCGCAGCGCUGCACGCGCGCGGGAUCACACAUCGGGACAUCAAGCCGUCCAACAUCCUCGUGUCGAUUCCGCCGCCGCCGUCGACGUCGGGGGCAGCAGCGCCGGUCGAGCCCGUGGUCAAGUUGGCCGACUUUGGCUCGGCCGUCGACGAGUACACGCUGCGUCACUUGUACGACGGUCCGCAAGGACGUAGUGCAGCAACAGCAGGAAGAGGAGGAGGCGGCGGUGGUCCGUCGCAAGCGGAAGAAACGCGCGAGUAUCAGCCGCCGGAAGUGCUCUUCAGCGACAACGGACAGCCGUACGACUACGCGGCGCCCGAGGCGUACGACCUCUGGUCCGUGGGCGUCGUCUUCCUCGAGCUGGUGCUCGGCUCACCCCACGUGUUCCUCAUCUCGCCGCGCGCGCGCGCCAAGCUCGACGUCGAGCUCGACGCCCAACGUCGACAGUCCCAGCAGACGCAUCGACGUGCUACCCACAGCCGCAGCCGCAGCAGCAGUAGCAAUGCAGACGGAGACGGAGACGACGAUGACGCGCCGGACGGUCCGCGCUGGCGGACGAAAGCCUACUUGCUGCACGUGCUGACGCACGAGUUCUGCAUCUUCCGACCGGCGCCGCAGCAGCUCCGGUCGUUGUGGGACACGUACGCGCUCGUGAGCGAGAGCUGCCACUUUGGUCGGUUCAACCAGACCGUCGUGGCGCGCGACCCGCUGAAGAAGGGCCUUGACGACGUCUACGGCCUCGACCUCAUGUGGAAACUGCUGCAGUGGCACCCGUCCGAGCGCAUCGCUGCGGCCGACGCGCUGCAGCACGCGUACUUCCACGGACCGUACGUGUGUCCCGAGUCGGGCCGCGCGUUCGCCACGCAGCAGGAGCUAACGCUGCACGAGCGCUACUUGGACGCGCAACGGGCCCGAGAGAGCGUGUUGGCGUCCGUGGUGCGGCCCAAGCACGAGCUGCCCGACCGCUUCGCGUGUCCGCACUGCGGUCGUGUGUUCGCGACGGCGCAGAGCUGUGGGCAGCACGUACGUGCGCGUCGCCACGACCGUACGGGCUCGAGCUUCUGUGCGUUCGACGACGUGGCCAUUGUGUCGGCGAUCCAGAGCGAGUCGCGGCCGGAGGACGCGCAGCAUCGCGCAGCGCAGGACCGACCGGCAGUGGGCACGGCGGUGUUCCAAGGACGGAGGAAGUACAUGGAGGACGGCGUCCUCGUGCGCUCGGAACAGCAGCUCAACGACGAGGUGUGCGUCCACGAGACGAAUGCAACCACAGGACCAGCAGCAGCAGCCGUCGGCUUUGACCUCUACGCCGUCGUGGACGGCCAUCUCGGGACCGCAGCCGCGACGUUUGUCGUCGCGAACCUCCCGCGCGUCCUGUGCCGCCACUUUGCAGCGAUCGCGAACGCGUCGACGGCAGCACACGACACCAACCGCUCGGCCGCUCGCGAACUCGCCGAGAAGUUUGCGCUCCGGCAGACGUUCCUCGAGCUCCACGACAGCUUUCUCGACUCGCUCAGCGCCGUCUCGAGCGGCACCGGCAGCGCAGAGGCCGACCGCAACGCAACGUCCGCGAUCGCUGGCGACGGCUUCUCGGGCUGCACGUUGACGCUCGUGCUGCACUUUCGUCGCGAGCGACGCGUUGUCAGUGCGAACGUCGGCGACUCCCGUGCGGUCGCGUGGCUUCCCGACACGACCUCGUGGCCGCACGACAACGGACCGCACGACAGUGGGCAUCUCGUGCCGCUGAGCAUGGACCACUGGCCGAACGACCCGCGCGAACGCGCUCGGAUCGAGUCGAGCGGCGGGUUCGUCACGUUCGCAGGACUGUGGCGCGUCGUGGGCCAACUGGCCGUCUCCCGGAGCCUCGGCGAUCGCCACCUGCGUCAGUUCGUGACGGCUGAGCCCUCGGUCUUCCACGCACCGCUGGGCAAUGGCACUGGCCGUGGGUACCUCCUCAUUGCAAGUGACGGCCUGUGGGAGACAAUGAGCGCAGACGACGUCGUGCGGUUCCUGCAGGAGCGACACACGAGUACACUCCGCGACAAUAACGUCAACACAACGCUUGAUUCAGCGGCUUUACAGGACCUGGCAGCGCGUCUACUGGCCGAAGGCUACGUCCGUGGGAGUCUGGACAACAUGGCGCUGGUGCUCGUGCCGCUGCCGUCGUAG